UACGUUAAAUAUGUGUUUGUUUACAUUCUAAUUUUGAAUAUUAGUGUUUUUAAAACCUCGUUGUGAUUUUACUUUGUGUUUUUAAGCUGGUCAUUUCGGAAUGUGACUCUGUGAGUGUUUUCUCUCGCGAAGUUAAAUGUUAUUGUAGCAUUAGCAUAGUUAGCUAGCUCGGAUUGUUUACACAGUGCGCUGAGCAUCAUGCAGUGAUUGUAUAUAAUGUGUGUUUAGGUGUUUGCUCGGCGUGUGUAUGGAUUGGAAGGUGUGUCUUGUGUAGUCUAGCUGUAGAUCUGGUGUGUUUAUUAUUUGCUUGAUUGAUGAUUUAGAUCGAGUUUGAUUCUCUAACAAAGAAAGUCAGACCUGCUGUUUGCUUUGUUGUUGUGAGCUGAUGUUGGAGUAAAUCAGUGAUGAUCAUGAUCAGGUCGUUUUGAAGGAAAUUCUCACAUACUUAUAUUCAAUUCCAGGAUAUGUUUUAAACUUUACUAAUUAGGGUUUGAUAGAUUUUACUCCAGAAGCAAAUUAGGUUACGACUGAUUAAAUUCCCUUACAUUAUUAUGGCCUGCACUUUGGGCAUGAAGAAGCUUUUAUUAUGGACACACUUCUUCAUCUGUAGUCUGAUCUUCUUGGAUGAUGCUUCCUGCUCGCUGCACAACGACAACGUCUACGUGUCUGGGAUCUCCAAUGCAUGUGGAGAUGUGGUGGAGCAGAUCCGAGCCUCCAGCGGCGUGAUCACCAGCCCCGGGUGGCCUUUCGAAUAUCCGUCUCGCGUCAACUGCAGCUGGAACAUCCGAGCCAAUCCUGGAGAGAUCAUCACCAUCAGCUUUCAGGACUUCGAGAUCCAGAGCUCGCACCGCUGCGGCCUGGACUGGCUCUCCAUCGGCACCUACAAGAACCUGGACGGCUACAGGGCGUGCGGCUCGUCCAUCCCGGCGCCGUACAUAUCCUCUCAGGACCGCGUGUGGAUCAAGUUCCACUCGGACGAGGCGCUGACCGGGAAGGGCUUCCGGCUCUCUUACAUCACAGGGAAGUCGGAGGAGGCGAGCUGUAAGCCGGAUCAGUUCCACUGCGCCAGCGGGAAGUGCGUCCCGCAGUCGUGGAGGUGCAACGGCAUGGACGAGUGCGGCGACGGCUCGGACGAGGAGCCGUGCGCCCGCGCCGACCCCCCGUCCUCUCCGUCCUUCUUCUCCUUCCAGCCGUGCUCGUACGACCAGUUCCCCUGCGUCUCCCGCUACACCCGCGUGCUCGCCUGCCUCCCCGCCAGCCUCCGCUGCGACGGCGCCAUCGACUGCCAGGACCUGAGCGACGAGAUGGACUGCGACGUGCCGGCAUGCUCCCAGCUCCGCCUGCAGAACUUCUACGGGACCUUCAGCUCGCCCAACUACCCGGAUUUCUACCCGCCCGGCAGCGACUGCACGUGGCUGAUCGACACGGGCGACCGCCGCCGCGUCGUGCUGCGCUUCGUGGACUUUAAGCUGGACGGGACCGGUUACUACGGCGAUUACGUCAAAGUGUACGACGGCCCGGAGGCCGAGCCCAGGCGCCUCCUCCGCGUGCUGACCGCCCUGGAUUCCCGCACCUCGGUCAUAACGGUGAUAUCGUCGUCCGGCCAGCUCCGCGUGCACUUCUUCGCCGACAAGAUCAACACGGCGCGCGGGUUCAACGCCACCUAUCAGGUGGAGGGCUUUUGUUUGCCCUGGGAGAUGCCCUGCGGAGGGAACUGGGGGUGCUACACCGAACAGCAGCGCUGCGACGGGUACUGGCACUGCGCCAACGGCAGAGACGAACUCAACUGCAGCGGCUGCGGCGAAGACGAGUUCCCGUGCUCGCGCAACGGCGCCUGCUACCCCCGCUCGGACCGCUGCAACUACCAGAACCGCUGCCCCAACGGCUCGGACGAGAAGAACUGCGCCUUCUGCCAGCCCGGGAACUUCCACUGCAGGAACGGGCGCUGCGUGUUCGAGAGCUGGGUGUGCGACGCGCAGGACGACUGCGGCGACGCCAGCGACGAGGACGCGUGCCCGGUGGCCGUGCCCACGCGGGUCAUCGCCGCGGCGGUCAUCGGCAGCCUGGUGUGCGGCCUGCUGCUGGUCAUCGCGCUCGGCUGCACGUGCAAACUGUACUCGCUCCGGAGCUUCGAGCGCAGGUCCUUUGAGACGCAGCUCUCCAGAGUCGAGGCCGAGCUGUUACGGAGGGAAGCCCCGCCCUCGUACGGCCAGCUGAUCGCUCAGGGAUUAAUCCCCCCUGUGGAGGAUUUUCCAGUCUGCUCUGGCAACCAGGCCUCGGUGCUGGAGAACCUCCGCCUGGCCGUCCGCUCUCAGCUCGGCUUCACCUCCAUCCGCCUCCCGACCUCCGGCCGCCACGCCAACGUCUGGCGCCGCCUCUUCAACUUCACCCGCUCGCGCCGCUCGGCCUCGCUGGCGCUGGUCUCCUCCGGCGUGGGCUCGGAGUCCGGCCCCGGAAGCUCCGCCCCCGGGAGCUCCGCCUACGCCCCCGAACGGCCGGACUCGGACGACUCGGAGAGCGAGCACCAGGGGGCGGUGGGCGGCGCCUCGGCCUCCGUGCUGCCCCACAAGACUCCCCCGGCGUCCGCCGCGGCGUCCGUUUCCGCCGGCUCCGCCCCGCGGGCCGUCCCCGAGAGCGACGACGCGGUGGCCCCUCCCCCGGGCGAGCGGAGCUCCUUGGUCAGCCGCGGGCUCCGCUGGGUCCGGACGUCCCUCGGCGCGCGGUUCGCGCGGCAGCAGAGCGGCAGCCCGCCGAGGCAGCUGGAGAACGGGGCGGCGACCGACGACGAGGACGACGAAGACGUGGAGCUGCUCGUGCCGCUGACGGACGCCCCCGAGGCCGCGUCCGGCGCCGCGCCGCUCCGGGGCAGGCCCGCGGUCCGAGACGGGCCGUGCGAACACUGCGGGAUGGUCCACACCGCCCAGAUCCCCGACGCCUGCUUAGAGGCCACGGGAAGAACAGAAAGCAGCGACGACGAUUCUCUCCUGCUGUGCUAAUCCGUCCUGGUCCCGCUCCCCCGCUUUUACAGCUCGCUGGUGCUUCUUUCCUAGGGAGAGUCCGAAAGUUUUUGGACGCCUUUUCAUCCCUUAGUUCUCUGUAAGAGCUUCAGAGCGAGUUUGGUGACGCCGUCCCUCGUCCACUGUGCAGUUUUACUCCAGAGCGGGUUCCUUUAAGGUUAAGGUUCGACCCCCGGUGAGCGUCGGGGUCAGCGCUGGGUCGUUUAGUUAAAUCGUAGCCUCGAUCUGCGCUCUGAUUAGAUUCUGCUCGGCGUCUUCAGAUCUGAACUCUGGAUACGAGCUGCAGCCAAAUGAAUCAAUAAAAAAGCUCCAUUAUUUUCUUUUAAUCUGUAGGAAUGAGUUUGGUUUCACUUUCAGUUGAAUGGGAGGAGAAUCACCAACCGGCGCACUGGUACUCAGAUUUACAGGCGUGUUUAGUAGGGGUGGAACGAUACGCACGGUAAUCGGCGAUACUUCAUCGUCAUUUCAUUACAUUUCAUUCAUCGACUGCAAUCUACCACCUCGCUUUUGCUGGGCCCCUGAGCAAGGCCCUUAACCCUCGACUGUGAGUUACCUUGGACGUAAGCGUCCUCUAAACGCCGUUAACGUUACUGAUAAAUCACACUGGAUCGAUUAGCACCGGGUACUUUAUUAUCUCCGUUCUCCCAGGUAUAACCGCCGACCGUCACUCUAGUCGUAUCCGGUUCCCUUCGCCUCUGCACGGCUUCGCCCACCCUGACCGAGGAGAGCCGGAAAUCCUCACACACCCCCCUGCCAGAGAGCUGCAUAGCGUACGGAAUGUCACGCCAGCCAGCUGCGCCCUAAGAAACGGCCUGUUGGACCCCUGAGCGCCCGCGCGCUAGGUUCGGUUUCACUAGAGCACUUUAACGUAAACAGAAUAAGCUUCGUUUAGUUUAACAGAACAAACCCAACAAACCAGAAUAAUAAAUAUAAUCGGCGACCUGAGGGGAGCGUCAGUUCGUAUCGGUGUAAAUUGUGACGUUUGUGUAUCGUUACACCCCUACUGUUUAGCAUCCAUGUUGUUGUUUUGACGGUACGAUUCAUUUCAUUUCUUUUCAGGCUGAACGGAUUUAUUUAUGCCGGCGUGUGAACCGAGCGACCGACUUGACUGGUUUUACCGAACAGGUUCUAUAACGGCUCGGUGCGGCGUGUCGUAUUUAUUGUUUGUUUUAAUCUCUCGGCUUUUACGUUUUCGGUACUGACGACUCUUGGCGUGCGCGUGUGUAUUUAUUACUGGGUUUUAUGUCGGUAGUGGUGACGUGAGAAGCAUGUUACACGGUCUUGUGUGUUUUUUUAUUGAUUACUGUGUACGGAUUUAAAUGUAUAUAAUGAUGCAUAACUGGUUACUGCACUAAAAAAUAAAAACGCUGAAAAAGUC